UAUGUUAAAUUUGUUCAUGCCAACAGUAACUGUUAGCUAUCUUCAUGGCUAACAGUGGAACAAAUCAUUCAAGCGUCAUUCGGACAAGAGUUAGCUACAUCAACAUGCCUGGUUUCAGUGUGAAAAAGCUCGAUGUUAUAUCGGCUGAACUUACUAAAUGCCGUCGAGGGACGAAGCGCAAAGCGGAGGUUCAGGUGGAGGAGGAGAAACCAUCCGUGGAGGAGGAGGUGGAGAAAGGAGAGGAGGAGAACGGCCAGCAAGGCCAAAGGGUGGUCAUUGAGCACUGUAAGAGCUGACGAGUGUAUGGGCGUAAUGCUGAGGAGGUGAAAUCUGCCCUCCUGGCUGCCUGCCCUGAACUGACUGUGGUGCUCAACCCAGAGAAACCCCGCAGGAAUAGCUUCGAAAUCACUCUGCUGGAUGGAGGCAAAGAAACAUCUCUGUGGACUGGAAUAAAAAAGGGUCCACCACGUAAGCUGAAGUUUCCUCAACCUGAUGUUGUAGUUGCCACUCUACAGGAGGCUCUGAAGGCAAAGUAGACGCCCACUGAAGCCAAGCGUUCAGAAGAUGUGGCCCAUGGAAGCAGAAUGAUGAGGAGUGACCAAUGGGAUGUUCUCAGUCCCUCCUCUGAUGAUCCCGGCUCCAACAGCUCACAUUUUCUGGAGACAUGCUGACACCUAGUGGAGCGACUCUGAACCGACAUAUUUCUCAGAUGCAUUAUCCUGCUGACCUGAAAGUGUUUAUUUCCCAUUUCACAACAGUUAAUCGUGCUUUUAUAUCUGUUUUUGAUAAAUAAAGUUUUCAUUUUGUAAUUGA